GACGGGUCCAAUGCGACCAGAGAUCAUCCGUCUUUGGUGAAGACAGCAAGAUAACCGAGCCAAAAUGAGUCUGAGCGCAAAGGACAAGGCCGCUGUGAAGGCCCUGUGGGGGGUCAUCUCCAAGUCUGCUGAUGUUAUUGGAGCCGAUGCUCUGGGCAGGAUGCUCACCGUCUACCCGCAGACCAAGACCUACUUCUCCCACUGGAACGAUCUGUCUCUGGGCUCUGGUCCCGUGAAAGCCCAUGGCAAGAGAGUGAUGAAUGGAGUCGCUCUGGGUGUUGCCCAGAUCGACAAUCUGACCGCCGGUCUGCUGGACCUCAGCGAGAAGCACGCCUUCCAGCUGAGGGUGGACCCGGCCAACUUCAAGAUCCUGUCUCACUGCAUGCUCGUUGUGAUCGCCACCAUGUACCCGAAGGAGUUCACCCCUGAGGCCCACGUGUCCUUGGAUAAGUUCCUUUGUGCCUUGGCCUUGGCUCUUGCCGAGAGAUACCGCUAAACAGGCUGCAGUGCGCAGUUUGCCACAGGCGAUCAUGUAACUGGAAAUAUUCUAGAAUAAACUGCAUACCGCCCAAA